AAGAAUAUACUGGUCGAAAAUGAUGUAAAGAUGGACAAAGAUGGUCUCACUGAUCUCUAUAUUCAACAUGCCAUUCCCCUGCCUCAGCGUGACCUACCAAAAAGUAGAUGGGGGAAAAUGAUGGAAAAGAAAAGGCAGCAAAAUGAGUUCAAAAGUGAGAAUAAAAGCGUUACAACAGCGGAAGGUUUAAGGAAACGGCCAUUAAUCGUAUUUGAUGGCAGUUCAACAAGUACAAGCAUAAAGGUGAAGAAGACGGAGAACGGGGCUGCUGAUCGCCUAAAACCUCCUCCAGCUGGAAACACCACCAACACCGUUAGAAGAUUAUCAGUUCCUUCAAAUGCCUCCACAUACAUUUCAGCCUCUAGUUUAUCAGAGGACGCUAAGCUGGGAACGAGGAGUAGCGAGGCUAAGCAGAACAGUAUUUCAAAGACUAACAGCAGUGUGUUGGCUAGUCUGAAGGUGUACCCUUUGUCUCCGGUAGCAGGAAGUACUGUCGUGAAGUUGAAGAGAGCUGUUCCAAAAGAAGAAUCUGAUUUGCCGAACGACCUAAAGCCUACGGAAGCAAAGAAGAAGAUCCAGCAUGUUACAUGGCCAUGAAGUAGCUAAUGGUGCUUGAAAUGUAAAUGUUACUUCCAUAUUUUCCAACAGAUAAGUCGUAUUUAAAUAGUUUAAGUACAAUUCUUUUUAAACCUUACAGGAAUUCAAAUUGCUGUGAAAUUUUAACAAGUUUCAAAGUUCCCUGUUGUAAAGCUGGGGUCAUUCUCACCAGUCACCUUAAGAGUGUCUAUUCUUGUACACCAAGUAGUUGAUUACUUCUUUAAAAGGUGGUAAUAUUACAGUGUACUAAGCCCCCCACUUUUGGUUUUCAAGAUUAUUAUAGUUCGUUUCCUGCGUGUCACUAUGAUUCAUACAUA